UAACCAAAAAGGACAAGAAAAAGGUCCGACACCAACUUUCAAAAGGUGCUCCCCCGCCCCCCUCGGCUUCCCUGGGUGUCAACAAACCAGACGACGCCAGCCCGGACGCGACAAGAGACACAGAGGCUGGCAUCAUGGCUUGGCGUUUUAAAGUGAGUAAGUACAAGAAUGCGGCUCCAAUUCUGCCAAAGAAGGAAGAUUGGGUGAAUGACAUCAAGGUCGGGGCGCCACAGUCGUGCGGAAAUCAUGUCAAAGCAUCGGCGGCAUUUAUUGCUUUUAAUGUCGAAAACAGAGGUGGAGGAAGCCUUGGGGUAGUUCCGCUAGAUUACAAAGGCAGAAUUGACUCAACAACUCCCCUAGUCCACGGACACUCUGACCUCAUCACAGAUUUUGAUUUCUCGCCCUUCGAUGAUGGGAUGCUGGCAACAUGUUCAACUGAUGCUAAUGUUAAAAUUUGGCACAUCCCAGAAGGUGGACUCACAGAGAGUCUGGCCAAUGCAGAGUACGCCUUACCGCAGUUUGACAAGCGUGUGGAAAAUGUCCUGUUUCACCCGACCACCGAGUUCAUACUAACAGUGGCUUAUUUUGACACUGUUAAGCUCUGGGACAUCAAGCACGAGAAAGAGUUGUUCUGCUUCAGUGGCCAUGAGGAUCAGGUACAGAGCACAAGCUGGAAUGGUAUUGGGUCUAUGUUUGUCACUUCCUCCAAGGACCGCACCAUUAGGAUCAUAGACCCUAGGGCUGACAAGGUGGCCUACGAGGCCGAGAGUCACAAGAGCCCCAAAGACUCCCGUGUUGUCUGGCUCGGAAACACUGACCGCAUCCUCUCCACGGGCUACGAUGGGUCACGCGUCAGAGAAGUCAGAUUAAGGGACUUGAGAAAUUUCUCAAAGCCCUAUAAGGUCCAAGCAUUUGAUUCUUCAACUGGGAUAUUUAUGCCUUUGUAUGAUGCUGAUACAAACAUGCUCUUCCUUGCUGGGAAGGCAGAUGUGAGCAUUAUGUAUUGGGAGGUUACAGAAAAGGAGCCCUUCCUCACUGAAGGUCUCAAGCAUAAUGGCUCAGUGCAGACAAAGGGAGCAUGUCUAGUGCCAAAGCGAGGACUAGAUGUCAUGACAGGAGAAGUUAAUCGUCUGCUUCAGCUCACCUCAAAUGCCAUUAUUCCUAUAACCUAUCAGGUUCCAAGAAAGACGUAUCGAGAAUUCCACGCCGACAUCUUUCCUGAAACCCCGGGUUAUGUACCAUCUACCUCCAUCACACAGUGGCUUGAGGGUACCAGUGUUCAAAGAAAGACCAUUUCCUUGGACCCAGGCAAGAGACCUUCACCAAAGUACCAGAUCCACCGCGGGCCACUUAGCAAGCGCGAGGACCCCAAACCAGAGCCAGAUACCCCUGUGCCUGCCCCCCGCUCACGUAUCUCCAAUGGCACUGAGAAUAAGCCUGUGAGUGAAAUACGUCCUACGCUGUCCAAACCAACAGUAGCUGUCAAACCGAGCUUCAUGCCCGCUAAGCCAAGCCCAACACCCAAGCCUGCUGUGCGUUCGAGCUUCCCCCUGCAGGAAAAUAAAAACCUUACUAAUGAAGAUGACCCUUCAGCUGAUAUGCCCGUAAAGAACAAUUUGGCUCUACUUCGUAAAAACUUUGAGACGAACGAAGAGGAGACAGAUGGAAAUAUAAGUGGAAAGUGUAUAGAGACAGAGGAAGAGAUAAAACCGCGCACAGUUAGCAUCUCUGAGCUUCGGAAAAAUUAUGAGACAAAGGAGGAGCCACAGGAGAUUCAGGAGGAGCCGGAAGAGGAGAAUCCCUCCAAACUGGCCUCGAUCCGUAAAGCCUUCGAGACACGCUCCAUAUCUGUGGAUGAGAAGAUAGUUGAAAGGAGACGGGAGGAAGUGCGGCAGGAACAGACCAUUCAGGAGGAAGAGAAGGAAAAUGUUGGGGAACCUGUUACACUACGUGAAGGUAGCCGUGUCAGUGCAGCAGAGCGCAGACGAACCUUUGAACAAAGAAUGACAAGUGUGGAGGAGAAGCCUGCAUCGCCAACCCCAAGGAGACCAACAGUUACACGUUCUUUCAGACGUGUGUGCAAGUUCCGGCACUUGAAGGGCACUCCAGGCCACAAGAGCACCUGCAUAGAAAACCUCAGAGAUCUGAACCGAACAACCCCUGGAGAGUGCGAUGGCAUGGCUGCGAAUAGUGAGUUUGUGGUGUUGCCCCUAAGUGGUCCAGGGGGGAAGUUGUCUGUCAUGAAACACAAGAAGGGUGGACGACAGCCUGAUGGUGUCAUUCCAUCACUCAUGAACACUGCCAAUGUCAUGGACUUUGCCUUUGAUCCAUUUAAUGAUCAUACCCUGGCCGUUGCAUGUGAUGACGGCAAAAUUAAUCUGUGGCACAUUCCGGAGGGUGGGUUGACACAGCCUACUAAUGAACCCACUGAGACCUUCAUGGAUGUUGGAUCAGCUGAUAAGAUCACCAUCCUCAAGUGGCACCCCUUAGCAGCAGGUGUUUUAGCAGUUGCCACAGGUGACCUCACUGUGAAGAUCUGGGACCUACAUAGUAGAACUGUGUCACUUACUCUUGCACCUCAUCCUGACCAGAUAUUUUCCAUGGCCUGGAGUCCAUGUGGUAGAUAUCUGGCCACAAUGUGCCGUGAUAGCCAUAUCCGUGUGUACGACCCACGCAAGUCCACCGAGCCCAUUCGUGAGGGCAAUGGGCCAGUGGGAGUGCGGGGAGCAAGAGUCCUCUGGGCACUCGAUGGCAAAUUCAUAGUCACUGUUGGAUUUAGCAAGCUAUCAGAAAGGCAGAUCAGUGUGUACAAGGCAGCUGAGUUGUCCAAGCCAGCCAACACGGUCACCACUGACAUCAGCCCUGCAAUGCUGAUUCCCUUCUAUGAUUCCGAUUCAUCAACGCUCUUUGCUACAGGAAAAGGUGAUAGCACCAUCUUUGCCUACGAGAUUGGGAGCGAUUACCCACACCUGUUUCCAUUGUCCAACCACAAGUGUGGAAGUGUGCAUCAGGGAUUGGUCUUGUUGCCAAAGCAGAUGUGCGAUGUGCGGCAAGUGGAAUUCUGCAAGGCAUUGAGAUUAACCUCUUCUAUUCUUGAGCCCCUCUCCUUCACUGUGCCCAGAGUAAAGACGGAGCUGUUCCAGGACGACCUCUUCCCACCAACCUUCGUCAGCUGGGAGCCUGUGAUGACGGCUGCCGAGUGGCUCGGAGGGACAAACCGCCCCCCACGGACACAAUCCCUGCAGCCAGAAGAUAUGAUUAGCUUGUCUGAGAGCCGUGAGCAGCAGUCCCCAGUGGCACCCCCAACUUAUGGCGGAUCCCAGACCCACAUCCGGCACGAGACCCCACCUUUCCUGAAGGGAAUGGUGCCUAAUGAAGUCCGCCAGACUCAGCACAAGAACCUUAAUGUGCCUGAGGAAGUCCAGGAGACACAGACACGGCUGGAAGAGUCAAUGAGCCAGCAGAUGAAUCAGGUGACCAAGACGCUGGAGCAGGACAGGAUGGAAGGCGUUGAUUCCACCGAAUGGGAGGACUAGAGCUCGCCACAAGCAUUGUCUCGGAGCCCCGCCACUCUAGUCGGCUCAGUAGGCCAAGCGAAUGGACCAGCUUUCAACAUAUCGUGGCCUCGGAACGCUACUAUGCUAUUUGUUUGAUUGUCAUUAUUACCUUUUUUUUUUUUUUUUAUUCCAUGCUUGGCAGUACUAAAGAGCAGAUAUUCAAAAGGACAGUUGUGGGGUGUACAAUUUAGUUUUAAGAAAAAGCUGUUGUGUUUUCCAAGCAUGUGGAAAUCUUAUUUUGAUAAUAUAUAAGUAAAAAAAAAAAUACACAUACAAUGAAGUUAGUUAAGAUUAUAUAAAUGAAAACAUGUAUUGGCUUUAAAGAACACUCUUUAAAGAAUUGGGGAAAAGAAUUGUGUAUGAUUGAUUGUGGAGGCUGUUCUUUUGAAUCUUGUUUGGUCAUGUCAAUCAUUGUAAAAAUUGUUGUCAGUAACAUGACAACCUUUUCUGCCAUGAACUAGUGAAAGUGACCAACUGCUCCAGUCAUGCUGACCACACUUUUGAAGACUGGAGUGGUGUCAUUCCCAGUUCUCAACAAUUUUGUCUUGUUGGACACUUUGUCUUUCACCAACUGCAAGCAUUGAUAUACUGCCUGUCUGAAUCUUUUUUGAACCCGAACACCUUUUGAUGUAUUUAACUUUUAGACCAGAAGCAUGUCAGUUGUUUUUACUUUUGUAUUUAUUUACUAAUCAGUGUGCAGACUGUAGAACAUGAAUAUAUGCAUAUUCAGGUAAAACUGACCAAAUGCCAGUUAGCUAAAAAGGAGAGCCCAGUUCUAUGCUUAGAAUGUUGGAUAGUACAAACAACAGUUUAGAAUAAAUGUUUGAUAUCAACAUUUACUUUGGGCAUUAGGUGAAUCUUUACAGAUAUAUAACAUGAAAUGGUGCUUUUAUGUUGUUUUUAUUUUUUUAUUUAAUAGUGGGGAAAUUUAUAGAACCGGAUUUGCAUAAACAGAUAUGCAGACGCCCUUAGCUUUAACACAUGCUUAGGUGACUGAAGUUUGUACUUCGGUUUUGGAAUUUGCGUUAUUUUACUUUUAUUACAAAUUUUCAUGGAUGUGCCAUCAUUGGUGCUUGGAACUUUACUUUUUCAUUAGUAUUAUGAUUUAUUUUUAAGGAUCUAUGUUACUUUACAGCUUUUAAGUUGGGCUUUAAAAAUCUAAGUAGGACUUUUUAAGAUAAAUGUGAUCUGGUAUUACUUUGAAAUUCUUAGAAUCCUGGGGGUGUAUUUGGAACAAUUCAGUAAACAUGUAUUGAUUUAGAUAUGAUUUUUUUGCCUGGAACCAUAAUUUAUUAUUUAUUUUUAUUAUUGAUGUUCUUUAAUGCACCCUUGGGUUUUAAAAUGAUAUACCUUAGUUAUACUUUUAGAUUUGCAAACUUAAGUAUUUAUUUAUUAUUAUAAAUUAUUUAUUCUUUUUCAAGACAACUUUUUUUUAUAAAGUUGGUAUUACGGAAACUGCAUUGACUGAGAAUGGCACUAGUAAAUUAAAAGUGUGUAUUGCUUUGCUGAUAUGAUGCGGAGCCAUGCAUGUUGAUAAAAUUUACUGAUUGUGCAUUAACUAAAGGUUUGCAAGAAGUUGCCCUGAAGUAGUUUCAAAGGUAAGUUUUCCUCGAAGUACAUCAAAGCAGAAAGUACAUAGCAAGUAAAACAAGUGGGCUGGGAAAGCAACAAGACCCUACUUGUAGCAUGUUGGGUUAUAUUACAUUUUUGAUAUAUUUUUUAACUAUAUCUUAGAGGGAUUUAUUGGUACUUUCAGGAUGGAAAAGUGUAGGAUUAGAUUACUUGAUAAGAGACCAGGAAAAGGUAUUAUUUUACUAUUUUUGGACUUUACAUGUAAGAAUGACUUACUGGUUUGGUAUGCGAGAUCUUUUGGAACACAAUCAGCCGCAGUCUUAAAGCGUGCCAAAGGUAUGGCUAAGUCUUAAGUGUUUGUAGUGUGGCUAUUGGAAA